AUGCCCUACAAGACCCGUGGAGAUUCCCAUUUAUUACCAUCCGAUGCUCGGCACAAAUUGGAGAUGCGCCGGCGAUGUCACGAUGACUCGGAUGAUUUCAAACCCCACAACUCAUCCGGUCCAUCACCCCGAUCAGCGGUUGGUAACCUUAGUCAGUUUUCUGCUGUCCCACGCUCGGGCAACAAGCGCAAGUUCUACCCGCUUGACAUAUGGGAUCAGUCCAGCCGUCCAGCUGGUGUUACACGCACGGGACAAGGGGGCGGGUCACCUCCAGCUAGUGGACUCUCCACUAAUCGUCCAUUUCGCCGCGGCCGUCGUCUACCACAGCGCAGAAAUGAAGGGGGACGUCGAGGACAACAGUCGACGACAGCAGAUUCUCUCCCAGUUCUGGAUCUCAACAAUCCACAUCUUCUGAUGUUCUAUUACAACCAGCUCUAUCAGCAAUACUAUAAGACGUAUACAGCUGCUGCUAACGCCGCUACCCUUUCCUUUCCUAGUGGUUACUCCUCCAACCCAGACCUGGUCUCGGUCGCUGCUGCAGUGGCUUCCGGCAUAACUCCUGAACUUUUGGCGCUAGGUUCGAGUUUGAACAAUGCUGUUUCAAAGACUCAAAAGUCCGCUGCGACUACUGAUGCCGACGGACGAGCAACGUCAAGGCGACCUAACCGUCAUCAAGAUUCCGGACCUGUCUCUGCCUCGGAUGGUAACUACUCCGAGGACGAUGGCAGCGAAUCUAGGAACACUGACACGCGCACGCGAUGGCGACCAGCCCAACCGGGGUCCGGCAGCGGCCCUAGACAAGAGGGAGAAAACGAUGGUAUGGGACCGCCAGGGGACCAACAGUCUUCGAAAAAAGCCAGGUUUACUUCGCAACAGGCAACAGAUCCAAGGUCGAAGUCAACUAAAGUCAAGUCGGCAGUUAGAGCUUCCUCGAGCAAGUCAUCACAACCAACUGGCAAUUUACAAUCGCGAGUAGUUGUCAAUAUAUACAAUCACCCUCGUGUUGAUCCGGAAGGAACUCACGGUCGUCCUGGCAAGGCAUCGGCUACAAUCAAAGUUGUGGAUCAGAGUUUGACCGACGCAUCGGACCAAGAGGUUGUCAAAUCAUCACAGCCUUCCGUCUCUCCCGCGAAGAAUGCACCGGCCACAAGGCUUCAAACGGACACUGAACUAAGCGCGCAACAGCCCUCUAUAAUAACACCUGAGAGCGCGGAAAAACCCACUUCCUCUACGCCUGCUAGUUCCACAGUGGUGUGUCCGAGCCAACAGGGUGAGUAUAAUUCUAUCAACCACGAUCGUACACUUCGUUUACUGCUUGAUCCAUGUGAUCUCAUCUUGUUUUUUCUGUCGUCUGUAGGUAAUGGUGCUUCUGAUGCUGAAACAAUCAAAUCUUGUCAGCAGAAGAUCGAAACUACACCAGAUCCCAAAGCGUCUGGAACUUGUCCCACUAAGUCACAAUGUAACGCGACUGCACUGAUGACUCCCAACAUGUCUCCAUUGAGCAGCACCGCUCCAGCUGUCCUGGACGACUCUGAUUCCAUCGAGGAGGGUGAGGCGAAGGACGAUGACUUUGAUGAAGAUGACGAGGAGGGCGAAGAAGACUAUAACGAUGGAAGUGAAGAGGGGGAAGAGAAGAUAAGAGACAAAGUUGCUCCACCAACAGAUUCGAAUCAGUCGGCGGAAUCAGAGGAUGAAGCUUCCUUUGACUGGUCAAGAAGCAAGCGCCGCUCCGAUUGGUCUGUUCCAGAACGGACGAGACGUCGUGUUGAAGUUGUGUCCUCCGAAUCCCUUCUGCUUCCAUCCAGCCUGGAAAUCAUUUUCAUUUCAUUUCUGUUCCCGGUCACGGUAUUUUGUAGCCAACCAGCAUCAUCAGCGUUGCUCCCUACUCCAGUGAACCUGUUCGCCAGUACUGGCGAUUCCCCAUUCCCAUCUGGCUGUCCUCCCAACCUUCUUGAAGCCACUGCAGCAAUGCUAACCGGUAUUUGCCCGCCAGUUCCUUCAUUGUUCGCCAACCCACUCGCUUCUGGUGGUCCGCGUGGCGGUGACCAAUACGCUCCAGGUUUUGCUUCUGGACCGAACCCCCUUGACUUGCUUGCUUUUGUUCAGCUUACCAACCCAGACCAUUUCUCGCAAAUCCAAAAACAAAUGAAGCGAUUACAGUCCACUACGGCAGCUCGUAAGGGUACAUCAAGUCGAACCUCAGAUGUUGAGCAAGAUUCUGCCAGGUUGUCGCGACAAAGGCAUUCCGACAGCGUCUUGAAGUCACGUGCCCGCCACACUACGGAUACCGGUACGAGGAAAGAAAGUGGAAGCGAACGAGAAGCGCGGAAAAAUAAACGCCGGACGGUGUCGGAACGAUCUAGCGGUUCAACCAGGGUGUCAAUGAAGGCUCACAAAAGCACCUCACCUUCAGAAGUGUCUGGCUCAUCCAGUCGGAGCGCAUCGUGCCACUUACCGGACUCCAGAACCGCUUCAGAUGCUAAGCGUGCCACUGGUUCAGCUAUUGAACCAGAAUCCCAUCCUGCUUACCCAUCUCCAAAACCCACCCGUCUUGCAGUCAAACAGUGUCCUUCGCCUUCAGUUCGAAACGAGGUUGACACUUUCUCGAAUAGUGGUGAUGUUGACGAUGAAUCCGCGGAAGAUGACAACAGCAGCCAAUGGCAACAACCGGUUCGUAGAGGACCGAGGACACCGUCAACUCCCCCGGGGUCAUCUGACGAUGAGCAACCAACGGCUGGGACUAGCAUUUCCGGUUCACGAAGAACAACCGUCCACGGACUUAAAGUUGAGUCGUUUUCUAGACGAUCUAGCUUGGAGCGCCGCCGGUCUACGAAAGGUCCGCUACCGAGACGCCGUUCAUCUUCCUCGACGGAUAGCUCAGCCGAUCAGGGUGAUGUGGCAACUUCCGCUCGGAAUUCCAUCUCGGAACGUGAAUCUGAUUGCGAAGCUCCAUCUGAACAGUUUUCAAGGAGAUCCGUGGGAUCAAAAACACGAGCCCUGCCAGCGGCAUACGCCCAUCCACAUAGUCAUCGCCGCAGCUCUACCGAUUCCUCGCAUCCUCUGCAAAGCGUUCCUCAGAAGCGGUCUUCUGUAAGUUCCAUCAAUGGUUCGCGAUCUUCGGAAACCUCUUCAUCCUCAUCGUCCAGCUCAUCCUCGACUGAACGGUCUUCACGCUCAAAAUCAUCCUCUACUUCUCGCAGCUGUGCUGCUGAAACGGGAACACCGGUCGAAGUCCCUAGUCAGCGAUUGUUGCAUGCUGUUAGGCCUGGUCGUCCUUCCAAAGUUCCUACUGUAGCUCAGCAGUGUCUUUCUUUUGACCAGGGGCUCGACACUGCGAGUGUGGAAGGUUCAAAUGGAAAAGGCAGGACGUCCAGAAAUCGAGAACGAAUGGAUCGUGUUCGCCAGUCUUCGCGAGGAAAAGUACUCCCAGACAGCAGUGUAAACGAGCUCGAUUCUAUCGAUGGCGAGUCAAAGGCGAAUCGCCUAAGUUGUCACGAGAGAAGGUAUCGUAGACGGCCAUCAUACCAAGAAGGAUUAGGUGACUAUUUAUCUGAUGAGUCUUUUGAAAAUGUUGGAUCUGACCAGUCCGACGCACAUUCCAGAACCGCUUCCGCAUGUCACUCCUCUCUUUCACACUCUGCUGCCUCUGUUGGUUCUGCCUCUCCGCUGGACUCCGAAACUCAUGAUCAGGAUACCGAUCGCCACCGCCAUCCAGCUCUGUCAAACCAACCUACCACUGUGAACCCUCGAUGGCGUCCGGAUCAUCGACCGAAUUCCGCAGAACAACAAAGCCCCCGUCCCAGUGUUCAAGGAGCACCUGACCAACGGCGUGCCACCGGUGGAAUUCAUUCAACUGUGAAACCACAGUCACGAUCAGGUGAUCGUUAUGGUGCUAGAGGCCUGUUACCAUCACCCAUAUCCAAGAAGACUACUAGGGGCCGUCCAGAACAAACUCGGACUAGGUAUGAUCUUCCCCGCCGGAAUCCCAUUGCUCGUGAUAUGGGUAAUUGUAGGCCUACGGGUGGACGUGAACACCGACAGCGUCGCUCAAGGUCAUUGAGCACAAAAUGGCAGCGAGGUCGUGAAAGAGUCGAACCCGAUUCAGGUGGACGCUAUUAUUCUAGAGACCGGGCUCCAGCUCUGGGACCUGACCGACACCAGCCUCAGGACAGCUCGAGAUGCUUUCAGCGGAAUACUUACUACCGAGCCGGACAGGUCAAUAAAUAUGCAGACGAAUAUCGGGUCAGUGGGGUCUAUCAGCGACAGGAAACCUAUGAUCGUCGUAAACAACAGCCCAUGACACUUGCUCGUGAUUCGCGACAGAUUGGAUGUUCUAAUCGAUCUCCUCUUGGUCGCGGAAAAUAUCAACGCCCUUACGCUCCGUUCAUGGAACUCCGUAGUCGCCAAUUAGGGGUGACCAAAAACCGACAAGCUGAUCUUAUUUGGGAACCUGGUCCAAAAAAUAUGCAUCGAGCAGAGUAUUCACGUGACUCGUUUGCAGCCGCCAGGCGCUCUCGGUCACCACCCGUCCGUUCGGAUGCACGUACUCACUUUCGGGGCCCUCGACAAGUAGUAUCUCCUGUCUCCGGUGAUUCGCGUCUUCGUAAUUAUCCGCAAGCUCGAUCGGCUAGGGGUGCUCAUACCAACGCCGACAUUCGGCGGCAAAGAUCCCGUUCAACCAAUUCUAACAAACACUUGGCACGACGGGCUCUCGCUUCGCAUCACGGUGGACCUCGGGAUUCGCGACGUUGGUUGAGUCGUGAAGAAACAUACCGCACAGAUGCUACAGGAUCGAGUAGAAGGCAAUCACCCGCGCAACGCCUGCGGUCGGGUCAAAACACGCACCAACGUCGACGUCCUUGUGAUGACUCGGCCAACAGUUUUCGUGAGUGUGAUGCCAGAAAUAGACGGUCCGUUCGAAGAGAUUCUCUUGAAGACAGCCAUUCGACAAGUCAAAACAACAGAUACAGGAGAGAUGAUCGCCGUCCGGUUCCAAGAGGCGACCGCUUGUCGCCUAGUAGGCCUUCGGCGAGUAGAUUCCAUACCAUCUCCAGUUCAUCAGCCUCAGACCAGUCUUCACGUCCGGGAUCACGGGGCAGUGGGAGUUCUGCAACCACAGGCAGUGCCGCAUCUUCAUUCCACCGCGACAGCGGGAGCAGGGGUGCUGAUACCUCUUCGCUACCGCGAUCUAGCGCUCAAAGUGGUUCAAGAAAUGGUCAAUCAGCCGCAGUUUCAAUGGCCACGACAGCUGACCACAACCAGACUAGCGGAGCUGGGAAACAUCGUUAUGCGAGCAGUCCAGGAAGCCCGACUUCCACCACUCAAAAGAAGCGACUGAAGAAAUCUAGCGCCCCGCUUCGAUCUACAGCCGGUCAGGCUUGUGGAACGCCCUCCACACCUACUUCGUCUGCACAAUUCGCCUCCACCUGCGACUCUCCCGAGUUAACUCGAUCGACUGAUCUUGGAGGAUCGCAUAUUGUGGGCUCAGAACCAAUCCACGUAACACCGACACUUUCCGGUACCAUCACUUGUAACCUACCUACAUCCGUUCAGUUCCUCCCUUCCUUCGCUGCCGAACCAAACCUACGGCCCAGUUACGCACGCACUCCACAAACAAUUGUUGCUUGUGCAUCGGUUGAAUCCACUGAUUCAUCGGCCCCACAUUUCCUACCUCGUGUUCGUUUAUCUGACAAAACUUUCACCCCUGUUGUCGGCCUACCGAGAACCGAAUCUCCUGCGAGACCCAACAUCCCGGUUCACUCAAAAACCUUUUCCGUUGCAAAUCAGCUCUCCAAACCUGAUCUAGGACAUCGAUUGUCCCAACAGUGUCCGGAGAGCAGGCCGAGUACGCACAGUUCUCUGACUUCUAAAGCUAGGUUCCUCAGAGUAUCGCUAGAACACACACUCGAAGAUUUGAGUCUUGUCGAUCACAUAUCACCUGUAUUCUACCAGCUUAGCACCGUCAGCUUACAGGUACCCAUCUAUCCACGUGAUUCCGUUCGAGUACUCCUAACGCCGAUCGUUGUACUUUCUGGACGCGAUCCAUUAGUUUCGAGCGAAUUUAAUCAAACUGCUGAUCCAGAUCAGCUUACAGCCACUAGUCGUUCUCUCGAAACUUCUGGUGGCUAUCCUCUAAGCGAUCUACCGAAUUGUUCGCCCCCGUUAUCUUCUUCCGGCCAGUCUGUUUAUUCGAUCGAAUCUUUACUAGGUGAACCGUUUGAAGGUCCGAACAACACUCGUGACUCUACCUCGUGCACUUCGGCUUCUUGUGCUGCUCCAGGGGUUUCUUGUAGCCGAGUAGUCAAUCCAUUUCGGGUUACUCCCUCCGGUCUAUCUCGGUGUGUAAUCCAACCAGCCCCUGAUAUCCAGUUGAAACCACCUUGUUCUGUCACGAUGUCGUCAGCGACUUCUUAUACAGCUCGUCCACCCCGAAUUCCAGGCACGACCUCAACCAUAUCAGCAGCUUCUCCAGCUGGCUCCGUUGCUUCACGUCUUCCAACCACACACGCGACCGCAGCCUCCUCUUCAGAGGCUCGUUUAGUCCGUUUGGAUAGUGUUGCUUCCCGGGAAUCUUCUUACUCGCCUCCUGCUGACCGGAAAGGUACAACGACGCGACGUCCAAUGCCCCCGGGUGAUGGGGUUCAUCCAGACGAGGUGAAUUCGGCUCUUCUGCGCAAGUUGGAGAAGGUCGCACGAGAUGCAGCCAAUCGUGGACAUGAUGAGGAAUACUUUGACAGUGGAGAGGUUUUCGGUCGUGUUGGACGUGAUUCGGAGGACGACACGGAUGAGGAGGAAAGGGGUAAUGGGGGGAUUCUCCUUUUGGCCAAGUCUUCACUGCGGUUACCACCGAUUCAGGCUGAUUCAGCAUCAAAUGAUCAUCUCCCAACGUCCUCUUCAUCAGCGGUUAACCAAUCUCCCGUAAAUGAACUCCUUCGGUUGCUCACAUCCGGUAGUCGUGUCGUUAGUCUUAAGCCAGUGAAGAACUUCGUGUACCCACCACCCAAAAAGACUAUGGUCUCAGUAGCGACGCAGACAACUGGGUCGAUGUUGUGUACUCGAUGUAGAGAUGUGAUCAAUGGUCCAGUCGUAGUGCAAACGCCGGCCUCUAAAGUCGUGUCGAAAGUGACCUCAUGGCCUAAAGGUCGAAUGUUAUAUGCCGGUCUUAUUGAAGUUUUACCCGGUGUUAUCCCUCUAUCUCGUGGAGUCUCACUACGCCGAUGUCGACCCUCAGUUGGUGGUGCAACCACACCAUCACAAGCUGCGGGCACUUUGCGCUUUCGUUGGCCUGCUGACGGAGAGUUAGCAGACUGUAUAGAAACAUUGCCAGAUAGUCCGGUUCCUGGCCGACUGGCCCCCCUUAUUUGCGAUCCCAACACGACCGUGUCCCAACGGUUCCUCAGAACUGUCCGUCAGGUAGAUGGGGUAUGCGUUUCCAUCGUCACCAUUUGUGGUCCUUACAAUCCGCGAUCUGUUGUCCCAAAUGAAUCUGUGAUGAAGAAAACCUUAACUAUCACAGAACCACCCAAGGUGUUCACCAAUGGUGCGGGAAAACCGACCGCAGCUGCAGGUGAAAUGCAGAAUGCAUCUGAAUUAGAUGUGGAUUCCGACGAGGAAAGCGAUGGUCGACGCUUGCGGCGUCAUUUGCGGCGCACCCAAAAGACGCAGGACAUCAACACGGCCAUGGUUGCGGCGGCGAUGCGUCAGAAUGAACUAGAAAAUGGUCACGAUAACAAACAGGCGGUGGAACAACCAUCAUCCACGAUGACCUCCGCUGAACAAAAGCGACAGCUACAACAACAUCAAGCUCAGGAUCUUUCCGUAAACGGAACUGAAGCCACUGUUCCGGAUACCAGUACUACCUUGGAGACGGGCAAGACCGAAGCGGAUCAGGUUAAUUCACGACUGGCUGAAGCUCGUCAGCGUGCUAAACGACUUAUCGAGCAACGAAAAUUGAGUAUGCAGGAAACUGUUAGCCACGUUCCGUUUGAUAUGAACGCUGAGGUUGCAGACGAUGCCCGAGCCGAUUCCGGUGUUGUCGAUGACGUGGAUGGCCAUCUGAUCUACUCUAUUGGUCAAUUCAUCUUCGAUCGAUAUGAGAUCCUCAAAACUCUCGGUGAGGGCACGUUUGGAAAAGUAGUGGAAUGCAAAGAUCAUUUACAAAAUCGAAGAAUUGCUUUGAAGAUAAUCAAGAACGUGGACAAAUACCGAGAGGCUGCCAUGUUGGAAAUAAAUGUACUCAACUUCCUCAAUGAGCGCGGAGCAAACUUCGAGCAUUUGUGUGUCACACUACUGGAUUGGUUUGACUACCAUGGACACAUAUGUUUGGCCUUUGACAUUCUUGGCCUGUCCGUUUUCGACUUCCUGAAGGAAAACAACUACGUCGGCUAUCCGAUGGAGCACGUUCGUCACAUUUCCUACCAGUUAUGCCACGCGGUUCGAUUUCUUCACGACAACCAACUAACACAUACUGAUCUGAAACCGGAAAACAUUUUGUUUGUGGACUCCGACUAUAUUUCUGUGCACAAUCGAAAGAAGCGACGUCACGAACGAAUGGUCAAAUGUUCCGAUAUUCGUCUGAUCGAUUUCGGCUCGGCUACGUUUGAUUACGAUCACCACUCGACAAUUGUGUCCACAAGACAUUACCGGGCACCCGAAGUGAUUUUAGAACUUGGUUGGUCCCAACCUUGUGACGUUUGGUCGAUCGGCUGUAUUAUGUUUGAGCUUUACACCGGUUACACACUGUUCCAGACUCACGAUAACCGCGAGCACUUAGCCAUGAUGGAGCGGACGUUAGGACACAUCCCCUACCGAAUGACCCGGAAAUCCCGAACCGGGUUUUUCUAUCACGGGCGCCUGGAUUGGGACUUCUACAACCAGGAGGGGCGUUAUGUUCGUGAGAAUUGUCGCCCUUUACUCCGUUACUGCAAAGAUGAGAGUCAAGACACUCUGGAUCUGUUCGACCUAAUGGCUAAGAUGUUGGAGUACGAUCCGGCAGAUCGCAUCCCGCUCUCCGCUGCCCUCACACAUCCGUUCUUCCUGCACCUACCAUCCCAUCAACGUCUCAGCUACACAUAUCAUCCUCCUCUGGCCUCCUUAGAAGCUGGUGGCCGAAACGGGGCAGCGAACGAACGGCGAUCAGGUGCUCGUGGCGGUGGUGAUCGCAUUGAAGGCGGAGGAGGGGGAGGUUCCUCGUCCUCAUCCGCCGGAUCUUCAGAAGUGAAGCGUCCAAAUCGUCUACACUCAGAUCUAGUCUCUGCGCGAUAGCAUGUGAUGUGAAUCUGCCGACUCUCAGUAUACCGCGUCCUUUCGCUCACACACUGCGUGCGCGCCCACGCACCUCAUCCCGUAACAGACCGGACUCUAAUCUCGUUGCCGUCACUGUACAUACGUGAUACGCUGUAGGCUUCAUGUGGCCAAGUGCUAUCAAAAUUCACCUCCGCCUACCUGACAUAGUCCACCAAGUUCGUACUUUCGAAUAUGGAACACCCACCAAAUUGUUCACAGCAGAAAACCCGUCGUACGAGUAACCAUCAGCGUAUGUUUGCGUAGACCUGGCAUUCCCUUUCGUAGAAGAUUUGGACCAUGUGGUAACCUUCGGUUGUCCCUCGGACCGACGAAUACUAUUUCCACCAUCAUUACCUACCUGUUUCCGCCGUCUACCUAAUUCCGCCAGAAAUAAUUAUCAUCACUGUCCAUAUGCAGGAUUAUGCACCGGCGCUGUAAUUUUGUCAUUCAUCUUUGUGGAUGAUCCUGCGUGGUGGUAAUGUUACCAUCUCGCUCUCUCUUUGGUCAUUCUCUUGUAUGUUCGCCGUUAGAAUCACUUUUUUCCUGCUUGUUGAACAGUUCCGUUCACCUCUCCAACGCUGUUACCCGCACACACACACACACGUUUCGACGGUAGAUGGCUCAGAAUGUAUUGGCUCAUCGGUUUCUUUUUUUGGACUUCUGACGGCAGAUGAGUCUCGGUCACUAGUGCGCAGCAGUCAUCCGCAUGCACAGACGAUCCGCGCCGGUUCUCGUUAUUUUUGCCAGCCCCCGGGGACAAAAUAGUCCGAUCAUCUCUGUCUUUUCUCCUGGUUCCCACUUGUCCACUUUCCUUUCACCCAACGAACCGUCGCCAAUCAUAUUUGACACGGUGAAUAGUGUAAAAUGUCAGUGACAGAGCACAGUGUGUUUCUUCUCUUUCUUUCUGUUCUAUAAGUUAUACAUAUGCGUGCAUAUAAAUGCAAUGAUAUCGAC